AGAGAGGGAGUCAUACAUAGUAUUACUUUAUCAAACAAAAACAAAAUCAACAACUCACCACCACCACCACAACUGCACUCCAAAUAACACAGCCUUUUCUCUUUCUUUCUGAUCCCUCUCACUCACUCAGUCUCUGAUCUCUUUCUCUUUCUCUCAGAUAUAUACAUAUGGCUUCUUCCGAUAACCCAGAAGUAUCUGAUAGAGGAAUUAAGAAAGGAGGAGAUGAUGAUAAUAAUAAUGAUAAAGAUGAGGGGAACAAGGGCACUGGCUUCAUUGACAAGGUCAAGGACUUCAUUCACGAUAUCGGCGAGAAAAUCGAGGAAGCCAUCGGAUUUGGGAAGCCCACCGCUGAUGUCACCGCCAUUCACAUCCCUUCCAUCAAUCUGGAGAAGGCCGACAUCGUCGUCGAUGUCCUCAUCAAGAACCCUAACCCAGUCCCCAUCCCUCUCGUUGACAUCAACUACCUGAUCGAGAGUGAUGCCAGGAAGCUCAUCUCUGGCUUGAUCCCCGAUGCGGGUACCAUCCAUGCCCAUGGGGAGGAGACUGUCACAAUCCCUCUCACUCUCAUCUACGACGACAUCAAGAGCACCUACGACGACAUUCAGCCCGGAAGCAUCAUCCCCUACAAGAUCAAGGUCGACCUCAUUGUUGAUGUUCCAGUCUUCGGAAGGCUCACUCUCCCCCUUGAGAAGACCGGAGAGAUCCCCAUUCCUUACAAGCCUGAUGUUGAUCUCGAGAAGAUUCGCUUUCAGAGAUUCUCCUUCGAAGAAACUGUUGCCGUCCUCCACUUGAAAUUGGAGAACAAGAAUGACUUCGAUCUCUGCCUCAACACACUCGACUAUGAGGUUUGGCUAUCUGAUGUCAGCAUUGGCGGUGCGCAACUCUCCAAGUCUGCCAAAAUGGAGAAGACUGGCAUCACUACCAUUGACGUGCCCAUCACAUUCAGGCCUAAGGACUUUGGCUCUGCUAUGUGGGACAUGAUUCGAGGAAAGGGCACUGGUUACACAAUUAAAGGACAUAUCGAUGUGGACACACCCUUUGGAGCAAUGAAGUUGCCCAUCGUCAAAGAGGGUGGUACUACCCGUCUCAAGAAGAACAAGGAAGAUGGCGGAGACGACGACGACGAUGAUGAGGAGUAGAAGAGGAAUUUGUUGUGUGGGUAGUGCCGACAAUAAUGAAUAGGUUGAAGAAGGUUGGUUAAAAUAUUCAAUGUAUGCGAGGGGCAGUUGGCAGAAUUAUUGGUCGUUUCUUCUUCUGUUUUGUAUUUGGGUGAGUCAUAGACAUUGCAAUGUGGCUUAUGGUUGAUUGGUUGGUUUUCAAUCUUCUGAUUCUGAUGCUGUUAUGCUAUCCAAUCUCUAUGCACAUUUAAUAUCAGUGUUUCAACUCUCUAUUAUAUGAUACUGUUAUGUGUUAUUUACUGUGA